AAACUGUUAACGUCAAUCGGAUACGUCACUUUAUCGAAACUUAAAUGUUUGUGAUUAUUUCAAAACAGAAAAUGUACACGAAGUACAAUUAAAUAAUGUGCAUAAGGAUACUGUACGGAAACAUUAAUAAGGUGAAGAUAUAAUAGAACUGUACGAGUAGUCACGGAUGAAGUAUUUCUGCUGAGAAACUUAAACAUGAUUGCGUUUGUAUUCCUUGCCGCUUUCUUCACAUGUCUCAUCGUAGCGUUUCUUCUUCGAGUAUGUUACGUACUAUACGACGUUUUCACGGGUAACUGUGAACUAACAAGGGAAAAAUCCUUGCGUACAGUUUUAUGUAUAGGUUCAGGUGGUCAUACAACAGAGUUAUUGAGAUUUGUGGGCCGUUUAAACAAAAAUAAAUAUCAACCAAGAUUGUAUAUCUUAGCCGAUAAUGACGCCAGCAGUGAAGUCAAGAUUCACGAAACAGAAAAGGGAAAUGAUAGUUACACCUUGAGCAGGAUACCAAGAAGUCGUAAUGUUCUGCAGUCUUAUCUUUCAUCAGUUUACAGCACUUUGUAUGCAACUUGGUGCACAUUACCUGUAAUCUAUAAUUACCAACCAGAUGUUAUAUUUUGUAAUGGGCCUGGUACUUGCAUUCCAGUUUGUGUAGUUGCUUUUGUAUUGAGAUGUUUGUUCAUGUUAGAUUGUCGCAUAGUGUUUAUAGAAAGUAUAUGCAGGGUUCGCACCCUUUCACUGACUGGAAAAAUACUUCAGUUUUUUGCAGAUAUAGUUGUUGUACAGUGGCCUCAACUAAGAGAUGUUUGUUUUAGAGCUAAAUAUUUUGGUAGACUAACAUAAAUUGUAAAAUAUUAUUCUCACACAUUUUUUUUUAUUUAUUUAAGAUGUCAUCUCACAUGACAAAGCAAUGUUAUCUUUUUUGAAACUACUGGUGUAGCAAUACUGAUAAUGAAGGGUUCUUUCACAAUAUCUAGAUAGGCACUAUCUAUAAUUUUGAUUGAAUAGCAGAUUAGAAUUAUGAGUUUCUACUGAAUAACAAAUAGAAGUCUUCAGACUUCCUUUAGUUUUGAGGAAGGAAAAUUUGUUUUAGAAAUAUAAAGACAUAAUAACUUGAAAAAGUGUAUAAUUAAUAGCUCUAGGGAGAUCAGUACACAAAUAUUUUCAGUUAGUUUAAGAUCACAAAGUGAACAACAUUUUUUUUUAUAUUAUCAGUUUAUUAUUUAUAUGGAUUAAUGACAUUUCUUGUAAUUAACUUUAACAACCUUUUCAACUGAUAAUAUUCUCAUUUGUUUAAUCUCACCGCAUUUCAAGAAGUACAUUAGCCACAAUAUUCUUUCUGAUAACAGAAUACAUUACCAUCAAAACAAAAAGAAAAAUCCCUGAAGCUAUGCUAAACUAGUCUUAUUGACAUAAGAAGCAAUUUUCAAUAACAACUUAUUAUAAACUACAACUGUAUAUACCUCCUUCACAGUACAUGUAUUUCAAUGUGUUAAAUACAAUAAAACAAGUGAUUUCAUGUCAUGUAGGCUAGAUGUGUACCAUUGUGCACAAUUAUCAAACAUAUUGCAAUCAGUUUCAUAGGCAAUGAUAUUGCCUUUCAGUAAUCUUAUAAAAAUAACAUCGGAUUCUAUUAGUGUUAAGUCAUUGUGUAUACUAUUCUUCUAUACCUAUAUGUAUUUUAUCUUAUUAAAGAUUUGAGUCGUAGAUUACAUUA